UCCACUCUAUACGGUAUGCACCAACCCAGACCCUCCUUCAAAAACACCACUAAGCCUCUUACCCUCUCUCUCUCUCUCUCACACACACACACAUACACACACACACACACUAACAUGGGCUUCUUCAGGUGUCUGUCCAUUUCUGCUUUCCUUCUCAAGGGCUUCUUCUUCACCGUCACUUAUGGAGCCACCUUCCAAAUCCAAAACAAUUGCCUUUACACGGUCUGGGCUGCGGCCUCUCCCGGUGGUGGCAUGCGGCUCAACCAAGGCGACACUUGGACCAUAAAUGUCCCGCCCGGCACAACGGGAGCCCGUAUCUGGGCUCGAACCGAUUGCAGCUUCAAUGCAGCAGGCGUAGGCAUGUGUCAAACCGGUGACUGCAAUGGGCUCCUCGAAUGCCAAGCCUAUGGUGCAGCCCCUAACACACUGGCCGAGUACGCUCUAAAUCAAGUCAACAAUGUGGAUUUUUUCGACAUCUCCCUCGUUGACGGCUUCAAUGUGCCAAUGGAAUUUGGUCCUACAACCAGCGGGUGCACCCGGGGCAUCAAAUGUAGAGCAGAUAUCAGCGGCCAGUGCCCAGAGGAAUUGAAGGCUCCGGGUGGGUGCAACAACCCAUGUACAGUGUUCAAGACCGAUCAAUACUGUUGUACUUCUGGAAAAUGUGGUCCUACAAGUUACUCAAAGUUUUUCAAGGAUAGGUGCCCAGAUGCUUAUAGUUACCCCCAAGAUGAUCAAACUAGCACAUUUACAUGCCCCGGGGGCACCAACUAUAAGGUAGUGUUUUGCCCAUUCUUUUGGUAUGGUGUAAUGGUUUGCUGAUGAAGCACAUACUGACUUGCCGUCUUGUAUAUUUUUUGCAACCUACUCUUGUAAUGACACACACACACACACACACACA